AUGUUGAUGUGGGAAGAUGGGUUUUGCGGAGGAGGAGGAAGAAGUGAAGAUCUUUGUCGGGAACCAGACAUUGAAGGUGAAGAUCUUGUCAGAAAAGCUUUCAGCAAGAUGUCCAUUCAGUUAUAUAAUUAUGGAGAAGGGUGGGUAAUGGGUAGAUUGAUGGGUAAAGUUGCAUCAGAUAAAUGUCACAAGUGGGUAUUCAAAGAACCAUCUGAAUCUGAACCAAAUCUUGCUAAUUACUGGCAGAGUUCUUUUGAUGCUCUUCCUCCAGAAUGGACCGACCAAUUCGAAUCAGGCAUCCAGACAAUUGCUGUGAUUCAAGCUGGACAUGGUCUGUUACAACUUGGUUCUUGCAAGAUUAUUCCAGAAGAUCUUCAUUUUGUGCUGAGGAUGAGGCAAAUGUUUGAAUCAAUCGGUUAUCGAUCCGGUUUUUACCUCUCCCAGCUCUUUGCCUCAAACCGAACCACGGCGACUCCAUCUUCUUCCUCGGUUCCAAACCAGCAACCUCAGUCUCAAGCUUAUAACUGGGGAUCACACUCUCCAUUGUUACCUUCCCAUAGUUUCCAAAACCAACUACCUGCAUCAGCAAGAUUUGGUUUCCUUCAAGAAACCAGUGCUCCUCCUCCUCAGAUGCUUCCACCAAUGGAAGAACACGAGGACGACAUCAAAUGGCCCAACGGUUUAUCUCUGUUCAAUGCACUGACUGGCCGUGCAGAUGAAGCUAGUAGACUCCUGUUUAACAACGAGCAGAACCCGAUGAAUCUCGAGAACCAGAACGAGUUCUUGAGCCUUGAAAGUCAUCAUCAUCAUCAUCCUAACAAGUUUAGAAGAAGCUAUACAUUGCCAGCAAGAAUGGACUCUUCGUCAUCAUCAACCUCGCUCGAUCAGCAGCAACCACUGGAGUUUAGGAACACUUCCGGAAGCAAUGCAGGAAUGUUCCCUGACGUUAUGGAGACGUUCUUGAGGUGA